ACAUCCUGUCCUUUUCAGGAAGAUCUGCGUCGUAGGUGGCUGCCGAUUUCCUGGCUCACCGCUGUUCGCCUUUAAUUCUAAAGAAUAAGUCGGUCAGGAAUAUUUAAAACAUGGCAUUUAAGGAUACUGGCAAAGCCCCGGUGGAGGCUGAGGUGGCCAUUCACCGCAUCAGGAUCACACUGACCAGCCGCAACGUGAAGUCUCUGGAGAAAGUCUGUGCAGAUUUGAUUCGUGGUGCCAAGGAGAAGAACCUGAAAGUGAAGGGGCCGGUCCGCAUGCCAACCAAGACCCUGCGCAUCACAACCAGGAAGACCCCCUGUGGCGAAGGUUCAAAAACCUGGGAUCGUUUCCAAAUGCGCAUCCACAAGCGCCUAAUUGAUCUGCACAGUCCUUCUGAGAUUGUCAAGCAGAUCACCUCCAUCAGCAUUGAGCCUGGUGUUGAAGUUGAAGUUACCAUUGCAGAUGCAUAACUGUUGUAAUGCAAUAAAGUUUGGAAUGUGA